GAUACAAAUUGACACGAUUUUCGAUUUCCGUUGCCGCUGUCGCGAAAUGAGCACGCCCAUUUUUGAGCCCAGUGUUCAAUCAGCACAAUAGCACAGCCACAGGGAUCCGACUCCCGCCAAAUUCCGAUGCCUUCCCCGACACUGGGCCACUGGCGCCGCCGCUCACUGCGGGCGACUACCGCCCUGCUGCUUCGUCUCCGCGACGCCGCUGGGCCGACCACGCCGCGCCGCCUGCUCCUCCAAUCCAUGGCAGUGGUCCUCACCUCCGGGCUCUCCUUCUCCCACCCCGUGCUCGCCUCCCGCCUACUCAAUUCCCUCCUCCCGCACGUCCCCGCCCGCCGCCUCCCGGCCCUCCUCCGCCUACUCCCACCCGACCACCUCACGCUCCUGCUCCUCUCCUCCGCCAAGCACCACCACGCCCAGUCCCUCCCCGCCGCCUGCGCGCUACAUGCCCUCGGUCUGUCCUAUGGCCACCUCCCCUCUGACCUCCGCCUGGCCAACUCCCUCCUCUCGCUCUAUCUCUCCCACGGCUCCACAGCCUCCGCGCGCCGCCUCCUCGCCGACAUCCCCCGCCCCGACACCGUGACCUGGAACACCCUCCUCCGCUCCUUUCUCCGCAUGGGCCUCCUGCCGGCGGCGCGGCGCCUGUUCGACGAAAUGCCGGAGCGGGAUCUCGUCACGUAUAAUUCAAUGUUAUCUGGGUACGCGGCGGAGGGGGAUAUCGCCAACGCCAGGGAGCUGUUUGAUGGAAUGCCCGAGAGGGACGUGGUCACAUGGAACUCAAUGCUUGCUGGGUAUGCUCAGCGUGGGGACAUGGAGAGCGCCAAGAGGCUGUUUGAUGUAAUGCCUGUGAGGGAUGUUGUGUCUUGGAACUCGAUGCUGGAUGGCUACGCCCAGACUGGGGACAUUGAGAUGACAAGAAUGGUUUUUGAUGGCAUGCCAAGAAGGAGCACGGUGUCAUGGAAUGUUGUUCUUGCGCUAUACGCAAAGGUGAAGGACUGGCAUGAGUGUUUGAAUCUGUUUGAUGCAAUGAUGGCUGUGGGGGGAAGCAAACCAAAUGAGAAGACAUUUGUCAGCGUUUUGACAGCCUGUGGGCACCUGGGUGAUCUUGAGAGGGGAAGGUGGGUGCAUCACUUGGUUCAUGAGAGUUGGGAGAGACUUCUUCCUGACGUACUACUUCUUACUGCUAUGAUGACAAUGUAUGCCAAGUGUGGGGUGAUGGGGACAGCAAAGGAGAUAUUUGAUUUGAUGACCGAAAGGAGUGUUGCAUCCUGGAACUCAAUGAUCAUCGGCUAUGGAUUGCAUGGGUACAGUGAGAAGGCCCUUGAGUUGUUCAUGGAGAUGGAGAAGAAUGGGCCUCAGCCAAAUGAGACGACAUUCAUCUGCAUCUUGAGCUCCUGUGCCCAUGGAGGCUUGGUGCUUGAAGGCUGGUGGUGUUUUGAUAGGAUGGUCAGGUUCUACAAUAUUGAGCCCAAGGCUGAGCACUUUGGCUGUAUGAUGGACCUCCUUGGUCGUGCUGGACUGCUCAGAGACUCAGAGAAUCUCAUCAAUAAUUUGCAGGCAAAGGUGUCACCUGCAUUAUGGGGUGCACUAAUAUCAGCCUCUCGAACUCAGGACAGCUCCAAACUUGGAGAGUUUAUUGGAACUAAACUGAUCGAAAUGAAGCCAACAGAGUUCAGCUCCUACGUGCUUCUGUCAAACAUUUAUGCCACGGAAGGAAGAUGGGAUGAUGUCGAAAAAGUAAGGAAGGUGAUGAAGGAGAAGGUAGUGGAGAAAGAUGUGGGGAUGAGCCUUGUAUGAUCAAAUGAACCUCGCCAUGUUGCUGAAGAUGGUAUUUCAUUCAACAGAAUUCUGUGAUGCUUUCGCUGGAUCGGGAUCCCCUGCAGUACUGCAUGGGCCACUGCCGCGUGGGCUCCGCGUGCGACAGGGCCCACGCGCAGUGACCCAACUGCACGGUCAACUAUAAGAGGGAGCCUAAUUAGUUGUUCCACAAGAUCUCCAGCAGAGUUUAUGUGUUCUGUUUGCUCGGCACAUUAGGUAGAUGCUUCCAUGUGAAUACCUUAUGGUGGCUGAUAGUUUGUGCAAUUGAAGAUUCUGGGGAGAGCGCCCAGGCAUGGUGGACUUACUGAUAAGCUGCACUGCCAUCAGAUGGGCAUUGCUGUUGUCGUUAAAAGGCAGCAGAUGCUAGAAUGAUUUUUUUGUGGAAGAUUCGAAAAUGAUUAAUUUGGAGAGAAAAGGUACAAAAUAGCAUUCUAGCGUGUGACACCAGUUCGAUAAUGGCAAUUGGGCGAAUCCCAAUUGUGCGGGAUGGUAAACAAGCAGAACCUAAGUUUGCUGUACAAAACACAUUCUAAAGAGAAGGAUCAGGGACUGCUGACAGCAACCUUACCCAGGAGGGAUUCCCCUGUUCCGGUCGCCUACAUCUUCCCCCGGCGAUGCUCAAGGCCAAGCGAGGGAGAGACGAACGUGAGAAAGUCUCCAGACUCUGGUAGGUCUUCAGUUGUGUUCCCAUUCAUGGUAAUAAAGAGAUGAGGCCAUAAGGGGUAGGGUAUAUUUUGGUAGUUUCCACGGGCUGGAAAUAAGAGAGGUAAAAGGAAACCUGUAUCUAUUGCCAAGAUUACUCUCCUUUUU